UAUGUGCUCAGUCGCGAGGCAGUGCGCCGCUUUGUGGUGGAAGCGCUGCCCGAUCACAAGCUAUGCCAACAGGAUAACAGCGGCGCUGAGGAUGUAGAGCUAGGCAAAUGCUUGGAGAAUCUGAAUGUGACAGCUGGCGAUUCUCGUGAUGUGAAUGGGCGAGGCCGAAUGUUUCCCCUUAGACCGGAGAAAAUAUUAAUACCUGACAAGAGCCCUAAUUUUUGGUACUGGAGUUAUAUCUACUACAAGACCGACGAUGGUCUCAAUUGCUGUUCGGAUAAUGCGAUUUCUUUUCACUAUGUCCCGCCCAAUGUCAUGUAUGCACUGGACUAUCUGAUCUAUCACUUAAAACCAUUUGGUGUGCUGAGAAGAGAGCCAUUGCCGGGCAAACUAAAAGUGGGUGAGUUUAUGCCGCCGCCAAAGGAAAAACCCGCCAAUAGCAUCGAGGAUUCUGUGGAUGAUUAUGACAGAUUAUAUACUACUAAACAGCCAAUAGAACCAGAUUCUAUAGAAGUGCAUUAAAACGAAGACGACUACGAGGAGGAGCUCAAAACGAGAAACAAUUUGCGAACGGCGAGAAAGCUUCAAAUUCUCAGAAGUAUUAAUUUUUAA